AUGAAAAAUGUUCCCAUUCAAUUCUUGGAACCAUUGUCACAUCAAGACUGCCGGUUGUUACUUGCUAAACAUGCUUUUGGAAAUGAAAACUAUAGUGCAAAUUCAAACUUGGAAGACAUUGGCAAGCAAAUUGCACUCAAGUGCAAGGGGUUGCCUUUAGCUACACAAACACUCGGGGUUUUUCCAAAUGAUUAUGAAUUUGAAAAGGAAGAUGUGGUUCAAUUAUGGACGGUAGAAGGCCUAGUUACUCAAGUUGAUAAUGGGAAGAUUAUGGAAUUAGUGGCCAGAAAAUACUUUGAUGAGCUAUUAUCUCGGUCACUGUCAAAAGUCAAGAGAAUUCAGUUUCACAAUGCAUGA